AAGCUACGGCUCAGAGCUUCUGCAGCCCGAAGAGGCUUCGUUGCUCCAACAGUUGACCCCCUCAGGGCGGCUCAACAUUUUUCCAGGUGCAUGGCCGAGUUGGAGGAUGAGGAGGCCGCUCCCCUGCAGCUCCGCCUAGAAGAUUUUCGCCGCAGCAGAUGCUCCGCUUUCAGCCAACUUAGAGCCAUGGGCACAGGGCUCAGGAGGACUGCUCUUAUCGUUGCUGUGGCAGUGCUUUGUUGUGGCUGUGCCCUGGUCGCGCGGCAUGGCCUGCGAAGUGGCGUCUUCAAUGGCAUAACUCCACUCCGCCUGAACUCCGUGCUGCCUGAGGUUCCAACUUGCAUGCAUGAUGAGGAGGAGUUCUCAGGCCUUUGCUACAUGAAGUGCUCCUUACUCACGGGCGGCAGGGCGCCACAACGGAUCUCUCCUGCCCAGUGCUGUCAAAACGACAACGGCAUCCUGUGUGCGCUUUUUGAUGACAUGGAAGCUACCUCGGAUGCAUUAGACGUGGGCGGUGGUGCUGCCAUACACAAUGCCCCGCACGCGCCGGGGGUAGGCGGAAUCUGCACUGAGGAGGAGGAGUCAUAUCAGGGGCUUUGUUACCCGAAGUGCUCCACGAUGACAAAUGGCCAGUCGCCCAUUCGAGUCUCACCCUUUGACUGCUGCCGGGGAACGCAGGUGGAAUGCCUGGAAGGCAAAGGCCAGUACGCGUCAGCCUCCGACUUCGCCGGUGCCAAGAUCCCUGAGACGAAGGACAAUGGAAGGCCGGGCGAGCUCGUAGAUCCAGCCUGUCGGUCGGGCCCAAGCAAACUCGAGGAGUUCAGCUUAAGCUCAGGGUUUGGAAGCCUUCUAGGCUUCAGGCCAUGGUCUGAGAGGGUCGCCAACUUGAUGGAGGCCUCCUGCGAAGAUGACGAGGACAUCUUCAAUGGCUUGUGCUACGCAAAGUGCAGUGUCUUGACCUAUGGCCAAGCGAAAAUCCGCACUGGGCCAGAUAGUUGUUGCACCUGCGAGAAAGGGCCGCUGUCCUGGGCGUGCUGCGCUUUGCCGUGGAAUGCGCUGUCGGAUGCCGGCUUUGCAGUUGCCUUGGACGAUUCUGGCCUGGAUGGCAGCCCGCACCCGCCUGGCAUGAGCGUACGCUGCUCUCAGGGUGAGGAGCUAUUUGCAGGCAUUUGCUACAAGAGCUGCGCAGACGUCACCGAGGGCAAGAUGCCACACCGCGUCAAUGCGGAUUCCUGCUGCAAGUUCGCGGACAUGUCGCAAUGUAUGGCCUCACCGGACAACAUGGUGACAUCUGUGAAUCUGGACAGAAGCAUCAGCAAAAGCAACGCUCUGCCUCACUCGCCUUACAUGCUACCUGCAGACAGGAGGCGUCUGGGAACAUAGGUCGAAAUGACACAGCGAGAGACACAUGGCUUCCAAUGUCUCACCCGAUGCUUUGAGUAUUGUGGCCAAUGAUGCUACUGAGCGCCUACUUAAAAGAGUGGGCCAGGACAGAUGGAUUCACCUCAACAUUACAG